GACAUCUAUGAUCUACGAUAUAAGUUUGUAGUCAGAGGACGUGCCACGUAAUUUUUGCCCAUCAGCAGUUGUGUCAAAUAAUCGUUCGGAACGGUAUUUAAUGCAUGCGUAUCGUGGUACCAGUACAGCGGUAUUAACGAUUGAUUCGUAAAUAUGGGAUCAUCCCAGAGUGUUGAAAUUCCCGGCGGAGGUACGGAAGGUUAUCACGUUCUUCGCGUCCAGGACGGUUCUCCUGGACAGAAGGCUGGCCUCGAAGCAUUCUUCGAUUUCAUUGUAGCAAUUGGAAACACUAGAUUGGAUCAAGACAACGACACUUUAAAGGAACUCCUAAAAGCUGGUGUCGACAAAGAGCUGCAAAUAACUGUUUACAGCAGCAAAACGCAGUCUGUCAGACAGUCUGUGAUUGUCCCCAGCAUGACUUGGGGCGGUCAAGGUCUACUCGGUGUCAGCAUAAGGUUUUGCUCGUUUGAGGGUGCUAAUGAAAAUGUUUGGCAUGUGCUUGAAGUACAUCCUUCGUCACCGGCUGAACUGGCGGGAUUAAAAUCAUUUACAGAUUACAUUAUUAGCGCAGACUCCGUUCUGCACGAAAGUGAGGAUAUAUUCACAUUAAUUGAAGCCCACGAGUCGCGCCCACUCAAACUUUAUGUUUACAAUACGAAUGAAGAUUCUUGCAGAGAGGUGACGGUAACUCCGAAUAAUACUUGGGGUGGGGAAGGCAGCUUAGGAUGCGGGCUUGGCUAUGGAUACCUUCAUAGAAUACCCAUCAGAAAUAUUCCGUCUCCAUCAGUCACUGCCAGUAGUCAUUCGUAUGCGAGUAACAUUAAAACUCCCGUGACGACAACGGCGUCAACGAAUGUUCAUAUCAGUCAGAGUAAUCCAGUUACCAAUAUACCACCUGGAUUUUCCAUUCCUCCAAGUUACGUGACAAGUAAUGCGGCAAUGGCACCGCCUUCUGCGAUUAAAGAAACUGUCGAACCUACAACAGUUUCUGUCACUCCAGUUUCUCCCACUUUGCCACAACUCGAUAAUGUUCCUCAAAUAGAUCCUGUAUCUGCUGGAGCAACAACUACAACUGCCACUUCGACCUCUCAUCUGUUCGCCGGACAGUCUGAUGUCAAUUUAACUCAGAGUUCUGUACAAGCCGCUGAAUAUUACGGAACUCCAAAUAUUCCGGGUAUGCCAUUGACUCCACCUACACCCGCAAGCAUGGUCAAUGUUGGCCCGCCGUCGGGUAUACCUAUGUAUUCCACGCCCUUACCGAAUUACAAUUUGCUAAGUGGCCCAACGAGCGCAGCUUUGCCGUACAAUGUAAGUCAGCCUCACAUGGUGACAACACCUAUUUCUUUACCUGGAAUGCCCCCAAUUACCGUCAGUGCUACUCUUCCUCAGAACCAUCCUUACUAUCCCCCUGUCUGUAAUCCUAAUCAGGCACCUGUCCCAACACCAGGCUUACCGUCUACAACGGCGUCGGCACAAUAACAAGAUCGUACGAUGUUAGUGAAAGAAUAUCCGCGGCGCCGUGUAAAAUUCAAAUUCUAUAAGGAAUCAGAAGCCUACGUGGCAAUGAUUAUGAAACAGGAAUACAAAAAUUGUCGACUGAUUCAAUGUUAUAUGAAUUAAAGUCUAGAAAUAGGAUUUUUUUCUAUCAAUUUAAUUUCAAUCUUAUUUCUACCAAGCAGUACAGUACCAGAGAAAAAAAUAAUAAGAAUUUACAGUCGGAUUGUCGGCAUGCUUUGUAUAGUUGAUACCAAUUCAAUAAAUCAUUUUUAAUUACAAAAGCUUUCUACCGCGACUUUAAAGCUUGGCCUAUUUGCGGCAGUUUACUAUGUGGCCCGUAAAAAUAAAACAUAAAUUAGGUCACAGAGGCAGAGUAAUAAUUGAUCAACUGAAAUUCUUUUUGCAUUUGAACUUUGAAACGACAAGCGAGAAUAAACGACUUGUGAGUAAUGUAAAUUUUUGAUUCCAUUUUGUAACAGCGAAUCUAAGUGAAUUUUGCGUGGUCGUUAUACCCAAGUUUUAAAUCAUAUACAUAGGUAUGUAUCAUGUAUGUACACUGAUAUUAGAUAAAUUACUAUAUUAAUUUAUACACAUGUAUUGUGAUUAUGCUACCUAGAAUUAUUUUGAAUGAACUUGUUCGAUCGUUAAAAUGCAUUUUUACAUACACACAUAAA